AUGUCCGAUCAGCGGCUGUUUGAACGUAAGACAGUAUGCUGUGAUCAGAAAUCGAAAUGUUUGGCGCAUUCUGCUCUUUUCAUUGAAAAACCAGAACGACGAUUAAAAGAAUUAGACGUGGAAAAACGGGAACCCAUUUUACUUCGAUGUUCGGCUUUGCAAUGUACACAUUUUGUUCAAUUGGACACAUUGCAACGAGUAUCUGAAAUUUACAAAGUUCUACACGAAUUUCAUACUGCAGUGACACAAUCAGUUUUCCGUUUGGUGCCAUCCUUAGAAACGGAUGAAUGGCCAGUACGGUAUGUUUUUGCAUCACUAAGUGGUCGUUCAACAUGUGUUCAACUUCGCUCCUCACCGGUCUAUGUAGUUCAUUGGCAUACCAUUUCGUCGAGCAAAGAAGUGCAGAUAAAGCAUCGUACGGUAACUCGGUUAUCCUAUGAGUUGAUCCUGCGGCCGAUGGAAAUGGAAACAGCUGAACGAUGGCACAUGAACUGGGAGUACGUCGUUUAUCGAGUGUCACAUGGUCUACACUUUGCCAUCAUGAAAAAUGUUGCUGAUAUGAAUCCUCAACAAAGAGCUAUUUAUAUACGAAUACAGAAAGCUUAUCCACGACGAUUUAUGCGAUCUAUUAUUGCACCUGUAGAAAAAAAGAAAGUUCUCAAAGCUUCGGAAGCACACCCAAUUAAAAUGUGUACCGUUGAUCGAGGUGAACCGUGUCAUGUCAAAAAAAUCAAUAUUCCUGAAUAUCGUAGAUGUAUGGCCACCAAUUAUUAUCCAACACUGGAACAUAUUACCAGAUAUUCAUCCAGUUCAGCCCUGAUUAAAUGUAACUGUUGUCCUGAUGUAAUGGAGUAA